AUGAAAGUGAAAAAUAAGAAUUCAAAUGCGAGGAUGAGCGGAUGACGCCGCGUCUCAUGCAGGUCACUAGAGGGCAGUAGCGACUGGCGACGGCAGUGAUGGUCAUGAUGACACUGAUAUUGAACAUUGCAAAUGAAUUCAUACGCAUUUUGUUUUCACCCAUUUUUUCAAAACCACAAAAUCAAUGACAGAUUAUAUAUAAUGGCUUUAUCUAGAGUGUGUUUUUGUACCAGAUAAGCAAAGCAUUGUACCCCAGAUUCCAGCAGAGAUCGGAUCUUUUCUUCUGCUUUUUACAAUUAGAGUGAAAUUCUGAAGCAAGUGGUGAGUAGUUAAUGGCCUGCGUGAACAAGAACCGGAACCGGGUUAGAAGAUAUUUCCUGGAGAGAUUUCUUAAAUCAACAGGAAAUUGGACUUGACCCAGCUCCACUAUUUUCAUCCGUGUGUGCGUUUGUAUGUGAAGGUUUGUGUGUGUUUCCUGCAUCUCUCCCUGUCAAGUCUCCUUUAGCCUGUGCUCAGUUUGACCUCACCGGUUCUGUCACGAUGACCCGUCUCCUGCUGGUCCUGGUUCUGCUGCUUGAUCUCUUGGGGUGCGAAACCACCAAUGUAACCACCGUGGACCCGGCAGAAGGCCUCAGGAACCAGACAGUAGCUCCACUCAACAGAGGAAAACCGAAGCAGUUUCACAAUUCAAGUUGGUACGACGAAGACUUGAGGAAACUUGAAGUCAAAAACAACCAGAGCAAUCAGUUUGUUUAUGAGGAAAACGAGAGUUUUCAGGAGCAAGAGGACCAUGUUCAGCCGGGUCGCUGCAACUACUCCCAGCUGCAGUCUUUCAGCCACAGUAUUUGUGGAGUUCAUUUUUUUGAAAGCAUGAAGAGCCUCCGACCCGAGGACUGGUGCAUUUUUCAGCACAUUGCGAGGUCGUACAACGACUUGACUCUGUGUCUGGAGAACCUGUCCUUGAUGAUCAGCUGCGUCUACCCAAACCCGACAAUCCAGGACUUGUUUCUGCAAAUUCACUCCCGCUACUUUUCCAGCUGCUCCAGUGAAGAGGAGCUGCUGCUGGACGCCCCCGAGUGGGUGGUGGUGUUACUGACUCUGGUUCCGGUCACCCUCAUCCCAAUCUUGGUGUAUCUUGUUAUCUUGAAGAGCAAGGAGUUCCAGAUGGUUCCAAAACUUUGAUUCUUAGGGGAUCAGACACACAGGAUUUACAUUGUAGAUCUCACUUUGUCUUUAAUAUUGUUUAACCCAAGUGUGCCAUACAUUUUUCAACAAUGUAAAGAGUAUAUUUAUGGUUAAAAUUGCUGUGAUUGCAAAUCGAUCUUUUUGGAAUGCAUCCUCCGUUAGUCUACAAUGAAUUUUUCAUAAUUUUGCAAAAUUCAGAAAAUAUAUUUUUCUCGUUCGAUCACAACCUUGACUCAUGGAUGUACAACUUUUCGUGCACGACUUCAGCAUUUACUUGUCAAACUGUCAACUUUAGUCUCAUGAAGAAUGUUCCCUCUUGGGCUGAUAUUCAAUUAAAAAAAAUUAUAUAGACGUAAAAUGUGAUAGAAAUGGAUUUGUUAGCAUUUUUUAAUAAAGAGAAAAGAAUAUGAUGGCGGGGCAAAAAA